CGACCAGUCAAGGAACCCUGGAAAUAACCUUUACGUGACCGGCCUGUCCAUGCGGACGGCAGAGGCGGAGCUGGAGAAGCAUUUCGCGAAGGAAGGAAAGGUGGCGGAGUGCAGGCUGGUCCUUGACCCGCGCACCAAGGAGUCGCGCGGCUUCGCGUUCGUCACGAUGGAGAACGUCGACGACGCGCGCCGCUGCCUCAAGUACCUCGACCGCUCCAUCCUCGAAGGCCGCGUCAUCACCGUCGCGCUCGUACUUAUGGUGGUGACAGGGAGUUCAAUCCCCGCCGAUCAUCACCAGACUACCAGCCUUACCGCCGAGACAGAUCACCUGAUUAUGGCCCCUAUCGUGGAGCAGGUUACAGCCGCUGCUGUCUCCCACGUGGCUGCGAUAUCCAAUGACGCGCAAGACGAAGAGAGGCUCAUAGGAUGGAAGGGGGAAAGCUUCAACUCAACCAGUGGGGACGAUCCAUCGCAGCGGCAAUGGAUAGAGAUCAUCUCGUGGGAGCCCAGGGCCUUCCUCUUCCACAAUUUCCUGACUGCCAAGGAGUGUCUGUAUCUGAUUCACAAAGCCGCGCCCAACAUGGUCAAGUCAACUGUAGUGGACAGCGACUCAGGCGGCUCCUACAGCAGCAAGAUCCGGACGAGCUCAGGGUCGUUUCUGUCACGGGGAGCGGAUGAGGUGGUAGCAUCGAUAGAGAAGAGAAUAUCCGACUUCUCCCACGUGCCUGUGGACCACGGGGAGGCUAUUCACGUGUUGCACUAUGAAGCCUCCCAGGAGUACCAGGCGCACUUUGACUAUUUCCACGAUGACAUCAACACUCGCAAUGGGGGGCAAAGGCUGGCGACUGUGCUAAUGUACCUCUCUGAUGUAGAGGAAGGGGGAGAGACGGUGUUCCCAGCAGCAGAGCUCACGCCAGACAACAUCCACUCACCGAUACCGCCAGACUCACAGCUCUCUCAGUGCGCUAAGGGAAUGCUGGCGGUGAAGCCCAAGCGGGGCAACGCACUGCUCUUCUGGAACCUCAAGCCCGACACGACCCUCGAUCCCAAGAGUCUACAUGCUGGGUGCCCAGUUAUUCGCGGAAACAAAUGGAGUGCUACCAAAUGGAUUCGUGUACAACCUCGGCAUGGACAAUAUUGA